AGUAAGCCUGUCCACAACAUGACAUUCAGACGAGGACUGAUUGUACUACUCCUGUGUGUAGUGUCAGAGACCAGUCAGGAACACCAGUGGGAUGAUAGGGGCUACAUCAUUUUCUGUCUGUGUAUGGGACGGUUUGGAAACCAAGCAGAACAUUUUUUGGGAGGAUUAGCAUUUGCCAAGAAAAUUGACAGAACACUCAUAGUUCCUCCAUUUAGGACAUAUAAAAAUAUCGAGUUUGAUGAAUGGUUUAAACUGGAGCCAUUAAAGAAAUAUCAUCGAGUAAUCCUAGCCAAGGACUUUAUGAGAGACCUCGCCCCCACUUAUUGGCCCCCAGGAAAUAGGACAGGGGUCUGUUAUGGGAAACCUGGGAGGGAGUGCAAGAUGAAGGAGGGAAACCCAUUUGGUCCAUUCUGGGAUGGCCUUGGGGUAGACUUUGAUAGGACAAUAUCCAUGGAGGCCUAUUAUGGGGAACCAGAUGUAUGGAAGGAAAUACUUCCUGUAGAUAAAUACCCAGUAGUUGCCCUUCGUGGUGCCCCAGCCCCUUUUCCAAUUGCUGAAGAAAAUAUUCCAUUGGCCAAGUACCUUCAGUGGUCUGACAGUAUAGAAGAAGAGGCCAGUGCCCAUAUACAGAAGCUGAUAGGAAAGGAAAAGUUCAUAGGCAUUCACCUCAGGAACGGAAUAGACUGGCAAAAUGCUUGUGAACAUGUAGAGGGAAAUGAAAAUUAUAUGGCAUCUCCACAAUGCCUUGGAUAUGGAAGGAAGAAAAAAGUCACUUAUAAAAUGUGUUUCCCUCCUAAAGAUGAAAUUUUAAGGCUAACCAAAAAUGCUGUUUUAAGAACAAAGGCAAAACAUAUUUAUGUGGCAACAGAUAAAAAUCCCAUGAAGGAAGAUUUAGAAAACCAUUUAAAAUCUUUAAAAGUCAAAGUUCAUCAUCUUGACCCCUGGCUGCCACAGAUUGACCUUGCAAUUUUAGGCAAGUCAGACCUAUUUAUAGGAAAUUGUAUAUCAUCUUUUACUUCAUUUGUCUCCAGGCAGAGGCUUGUAGAGAACAAGCCAACACAGUUCUGGGGAUUCAGCUAGUAUCA